ACGGGAAUGAAAAAACAGCUGCAGCCUGCAUGCCCAUUGUAUUUCUUUCAUUCACCCAAGAAAAUAAGAUGGGUGCCUCCAAAUGGCUUAUCUUUUUUGCAUGCAUUUAUUUGAAAGAGUUUGAAAGCGAAGCCUCAUCCUGGACAUCCACAUCUCCAACCUCAGUUAAAGGGCUCCUCGGCUCAUGUGUGGUGAUCCCCUGCUCUUUUAACUAUCCCGUUGAAGGAAAUAAAUAUGAAUUCACUGGGAUUUGGAACAAUCCAAAUGGCGUAAUUUUUCGCUCAGGCUCUAGACAGACGUCACAGCAGUAUCAGAAUCGCUUUGAGCUUGUUGGAGAGCUGAAAUCAAAGAACUGCUCUCUGAAGAUCGACCCCCUUCAGAAGAGCGACGUGGGGCCCUUUGAUUUUAGAAUUGAAAUUAAGGACUACAAUAGCUAUUCCUACAAAAAUAGUAUCACCAUUUCAGUUAUAAGUGAGCCAAAUCCUCUCCAACUCUCGGUGGAAGAGGACAUUAAGGAGGGACAAAAUGUGUCUGCAGUCUGCUCUGUGUCUCACUCCUGCCCCGCCUCUCCUCCUAAUUUCAAGUGGAGUCACCUCGGAGAGGAGAUUCAUCAGUCCCAACAGCUUGGCGAUGCAGAGUGGAACACAAGAUCUAUUCUGAGCUUUCGGCCGACUCAUAUUGACCACAACAAGCCUUUACAGUGCACUGUAACCUACAAGGGGGGGAAAAGUCAGGAGAAAUCCAAGAUCCUUCACGUAAAAUAUGCACCACUGAAUGUGAACGUUGAGUACAAGGUCGACGUAAAGGAGGGAGAAACUGUGGAUCUCACUUGCUCCAGUGAGGCUCACCCUCCUGUCAGUCGCUAUGAGUGGCACAAUGAAACUGGAGCAAAGAUCUCUCAGGGAAACCUCUACAUAGUGUCAAAUGUUUCUAGAACAAUAGGAGCAAUGUAUUGUGCUGCUAUCAACGACGAGGGAAAAAAUGUUUCACGGCCUGUCCAGCUCAAUGUUUCAUAUGCUCCUGAGAUAAAGACUGAGUCGUCAUGCUCAGUAGAGGGCAACUGGGUGAAGUGUGAGUGUAUUGUGGACUCCAAUCCUGCCAGCACCGUCACAUUUAAGAAUUCUGACAAAAUUCUGCCUGGAACUACAAGAGAUAAAAAUGGCUUCUAUACCAUAAGGAUUCUUUGGAAAGACAUUGAGCCUUCCAAGUUUGUGCAGUGUUUGGCAUCUAACACCAAAGGGAAGGCCAGCCAUACACUCUCUGUACCUCAUGACGAGAUGAUGCUUUACAUUUUCAUUGCCAGUGGAGCAGCAGGGUUCUUGCUGUUGGUUAUACUUGUAGUGGGACUUUAUAAGAAAUGCAGGGGGAAACCUAGAGACACUUCGGAGUUAAACAUGAGUGCCAUGAUGACAGAAAGGCCUCAGCAACCACCAGAGAAGGCCUCAAACAGGAACAAGAUUUGUGAUGAUCCACAUUCUUCAAAUAUUUAUAUGAAUGAAGAUAUGUAUGGAAAUGUUGGGACUGACUGGGAUGAUCAAAUAUAUGCCAAUGUCUAAUAAAUAAAGGAAAAGCUGCAGUUUGUCGACCUGUUUGAGGAAAAAUGUCAAUAUUCAGGUCUGUAAUUAAUGGUCUAAUUAUAUUUUAAGUUUGUUCUGUGUAAAUAUUUAGAACGUAUUUCCUUUAAAUAAAGGAAAUUAAUUCUGUAUAUAUUUGGGUUACAUUUAACUCUCAAACAUUAAAGUGCCUCAUAAGGCCCUUCUGCUUGCAGCUAUAACUUUUCCAAAUAAGUCUUGUAAAUUCAUGUAUUGAUAAUGACUAUUAAGCUGUUGUAAAAGUGUACCUCAGUGUAUUUUUAAUUAUUGUUUAUGUAGCAGUACUUAUCUGGUUUCAACAUAUUGUGCAAGUGUUGUUGUCUUUAGAAUUUCCUCUUUUGCUUAGAAGAUUGUGAUAUCUGAUUAACGUGUUUAAAAGUGAAACUAUUCUGACAAAAGAAAUAAAUUUUGAAAAGAUCAAAUGAUGAUCCUGUAGUUGUUGGCCUGCAAGUUUCGUAAGUGCAGAUGUGAAAAUAAGUUAAAGAGUAUCACUGUUCAAUAAUAAAUGAAGAAAGUGUGGUUGUUGAUGGGCAUGUACUCUUGGUCAAGUGUGGAAAAACCCACGGGUGUGCCUGUAAGCGUGUUCAGAAUUAACUCUCAGAAAGGGAAGUUGAUAAGAACCUCUGUGAAAUUUUUCAAACGUGAACAUCUGUUACUCAAAAAGGAAACUGAAAUGUUUCAACCUCGUUUUUGCUUUUUUCAUCGCUGAUUAUAUCAGCUGACUCAAACAGCAUAUCUUAUUUUUAAAUUAUUUAAUUGACAAUGGAAAAUGUUUGACUCAUAUAACAAGAAGUAAUGUGAAGCAGAGAACAGCCACGUGGGAGAAAUAUUUUCCAGGGGAGAUUGUUGUCAAAUCAAGAUGAGACCUCUUCUUCCUCAUCAUUUUGCAGAGGCUCAGGCGUCUUUCUUCAGUUCUUCUCUUACAAGCAGCAUAUAACUUAUUGCUGGAGGAACUUUUAAUAUAGAGGCCACUCUAUGCCAGUGUUAACCAAACAACUCCAGUGCUGUAAAUUGAUUUUUUCCCCCCGGUGUUAUCCUACAGCAAUAAACAAUUGGGAUUGAAGUAAAGGAUCAAUAAAGUUUUUUUGCCUGGUAUUUUUCUAAAUUAGUGUAACUAUGCCUAUACUGCAGCAUGAUGAUACUAGACUGCUUAAAAUGAAACAUAAAGUGUGAGACUUGGUUUAACCUGAAUUGUUAUUUCUGUAAAUCUUUUUUCAUCUGUUGCUGCUGCCGGAGCACUGGAGCAUGCUUUGUUACUUUAGUGCAACAGUAACAAAGCAUGCAAAGAUGAAGAUCACCAUUUAAAAGUUAGAAAUGCACAACUAUGUGAGAUGUUAUGUGAUUCAAAAGCAUGUAAAACAAAAAAAUAAUGGCAAAAUAAUUUUUAUUUUACUCCCCUCUUUUCUUCUUGUCAGUGAAGUUGACAAACAACGUGCUUAAAUGUAGUGCAUCAGGUCAUUAUCUCAAUCUUUGAAAGAGGAAAGACUAUCAUAUUGUUAACAGAGAAAAUUCAUGUUUCCAUAUAUAUUUAAUCCACAUCUCCUGUCGCUAUUUGUGCAGUUCCUCUGUUGAUGAAGGUUCUUUGUGGCCUAUUUGAAAUGCUAAAUAAAAUAUCUCAUAUUCUCUAUUCACCACAAAUGGGAGGCUGCAGCCACAACAGUCUCCUACUUCACACACUGCAGAUAAUUGAGACAAACGUUAAGACAUAAAAAAACACACCAAUGUUAUAAUCUUAGCAUUUAAUGAAAGAUUUAAUUCAAAACAACAUUAAAACUUGUAGACUUUGGAGUAUGAUGCAAAUUUAAUAGUCAGUGUAUGAUCUUACAGUUGAUGAAGAGAAAAAGAAAGAAAAACAGCAAAGCACAAUUAAUCCAUAAUCCUAUUAUAAAAUCAUUAAAGGUUAAAA